AUCGAUUAGAGGUGCAUUGUUAGUUCGGAGAAUUGGGCCACAUUCAUUACAGACUAAAGAAGCUGUUUUUAAUACCAAAUGAUAAUAUUAUCACCGUGGGGACAAGCUCACAUCACUAAUCCAGAUCUGACGACAAUUUACUAGGAGACCAGGACUAACAAUCCAGUCAUGGACAUCCCGUCCCUGCAUCUCCAGCCAGACAGGCGUAUGGCCGACCCACAUUCCGUAGCGAAUAUGUCCGAGGGGAGAUUUGGCAAUGAACUCAACUCACGAGUUGGGCCGCAGUACUCAGCCCCAAGGAUGUCUGAUUUAGGAAGUUACCCAUUUGUUCCAAACAUGACAGAUGACAGACUUCGUCAGGAUACAAAUGUCAUGAACAAGAACAAUAACCGACCUCCGUCGACCCAGUACUCCGUACAAGUCAUGGACAAAGACAUGGAUUCAAACAGUUCCGACAAAUCGGCACAUAAUCGUGGACAUAUCCCCAACCCCUAUAUACCUCCAGGGAUGCCAGACACCAGGAAACCAUACGAAUACAAAGACAGAUACAAGCGGAGCGUAUAUGGUCCGGAAUUUUUUCAGGCAGCAACGCAACUUGCAAAUUUUGGAAUGCAUAAUCAGACGGAAAAACAGCCUGAUGCACAUUCACAGAAGUCUAAUGAGACCAUGGAUCCCUAUCAGAGGAACUCAUAUGGUCCCGAGUUCUUUCAGGCAGCUACUCAACUUGCUAAUUUUGGCAUGCAUUCUGCUGAGCGGCCCCAGGAACCAGAAGUUUGUGGUAUGGGAGGUAUUCAGGGCAGUUUUCUGCAGGGUAAUUUUGCGAUGCAACCUACGGGCGGAGAUAAACAAAACGAUAAAGAAAUGGACAAGGACCCCAAUCGACACAACGCCUAUGGCCAGGAGUUCUUCCAAGCUGCAGCACAGCUUGCAAACUUUGGUAUGCGGUCAGUGGAAAAACCACCCGAGUUUCAAAACCUUACAGAUGUCUGUGGAAUGCCGGUGUUCCCCGGAGGUUCCGGUGCGACUCAGCAAGCCCAGAGCUCGGAGUCGGACAAGUCGGAUAAAGACAAUUAUAAUCAGACUGACCAUCAGUACGGAGCCCACCAGGGAAUGGGGAAGAAGAAAAUUGCAAAGAAACCGAAAGGGUCAAAGGAAGAUGAUGGAAAGCCGUACAAGUGUGAGAUAUGUGGUAAGGGCUUCGGACAGCCACACGACCUGCCCAUUCAUCUGAAGUCACAUACAGGUGAGAAGCCGUACAAGUGUAACGUUUGCUGUAAAGGAUUCAAACAAGCUUCCAUCCUGAAACGCCACCUCAGAAUUCACACUGGCGAAAAGCCGUAUGAAUGCGAUAUCUGUGGAAAUGGAUUCAUCAAUCGAAACCAACUGCACAAGCAUCUGAAGACCCACGAGGGCGAGGAAAAGAAACCAUUGAAAUGUUAUGUCUGCGGUCAGGAUUUCAAAAAUGAGAUCACCAAUCUGCAGAUCCACUUUCUGACCCACACGGGUGAAAAACCAAACACCUGUGGUGUCUGCGGGAAGCGCUCCAAGGACAUGAACAAGCUGCAACGGCACAUGAUGACCCACACUGGGGAGAAACCAUACAACUGCAUCGUGUGUAAGAAAGGAUUCAACAUGCCCUAUACCCUACUGACCCACCUUCGUACCCACACCGGGGAGUACGGGUACAAGUGUGACCUCUGUGGUAAGGGCUUCAACCAGACUGGGGACAUGCAGCGCCAUCGCAGGACUCACACCGGCGAAAAACCAUACAAAUGUGAGACAUGCGGAAAGAGUUUCAAUUUGCUGUACAACUUGCAAACUCAUCGUAGGAUCCACACCGGCGAAAAGCCGUACAUCUGCACCACCUGUGGCAAAGGUUUCGCAGACGGAGCCAACCUUUACCGACAUAGCAAGACCCACACCCAGGAGAGGUCAUACAAGUGUGAAAUCUGCAACAAGACCUUCACCUUGGCACAAAGCGUCCAGCGACAUCGCAGACUACACACUGGCGAGAAACCCUACAAGUGCGAUUUAUGCGGCAAGACUUUCAGGCAGAAAGGAAACCUUGGUGUCCACAAUAAACGAGUGCACAUCAAACAGGCGAGGCUUGCAGCUGAGAAAGAGGCCAGAUCUCAACACGAUGCCGAGGAGAAUGCUGUUGCUUUGGCUAAGGUAAAAGAGGCUAAGGCCAAGUUGAGAGAAGAGAAGGCAAGAAUCAGGCUCGAGAAGAGGGAGGCAAAAGCUGUCGCAAAAGCAGCAGCCACUGCUGCCAGGGCGGAAGCCAAAGCUGAGAGGUUGCGAGCAAAACGGGCACGGGAAGAAGAACAGGAAAAUGAAGAAGGACAAGAAAAUGAAGAAGAACAGGAAAAUGAAGAUGAACGGGAAGUUGAAGAAGAACCAGAAAUUGAAGAAGAAGAGCAUUUGGAACCAGAGGCAGAAAUGGAACAAGAAGUUGAGGAGGUAGAAAAUGAGACUAAAUCUGGAGAUGAAGAGGAACAGAAUAACAUGGAUGGGUCGGAAAAGUCAGAAUCAGAAAAAUCUGAGUCGGAAGGUGGUAGUGAAAGUGAGGGAGAGGAAUCGGUGGAGGAGCAUGAAGACAAAGGGGAUUAUUCAGGACCAGAGUCGCCCAUGGAGUGAAAGGACAUCCCUCCACCAAAGUCAGGGAGAGGGAGGAGUUGAUGAUAAGACACCUACCAUUGCCCCAUAUGAGGCGUAGGUUUGGAAAUUGUUGGUGAUCGGGCACCCAACAAAACCCAAAUGGCUACCAUAUCAGGAAACAGUCAAUUCCUGUCAGCUAUAUCAGGUCAGUUAGACAAAGAUAAUGACCUUACCGUCCUCGUUAUCUCGGUCAAAAAGGGAUGAGGGAUAAAGACACGCUCGUAAAGACAUCUGCUGAACAACCUGUCUGUAUUAUAGUGGACCUAUUCAACUCAUUCAUCCCUGAAGACCCAUUUAAACUCUUCAAGUUCAAAGGUUGGAAUAGUUCAUUAGGAAAUUUCAGGG